AUGAGACAGGGGCACCAGCAAUUUGCUUACAUAAGACCAGUCCGCCCAAUACACAACCACACACACUGCAGUCGCCAAGUCCUGGCUUUUUAUAGAACACAUCCGAGGAUGCUUAAAAAACGGCGCUGCAGUCGGCAUCCAAACAUGGCCCAUGCAGGUGGCAUCUGCUCAUCGGCUGUCCUGGAGGAGAAGCCAACGGCCUGUGUGGCCAGCAGCACGGCUCUGGCCAUCAGGAACUCCACCAUAAUUGCCCAUCGACUGUCCAUUUAUCUGCCCCAACUGCUGCUGCCCUCCAGGGAUCCCCAGAAGCUCAUUACCGAAAUUAACUGCCAUGUGGCCCAAUUCCGGGAGAUGCUCAUAUUCAUAGGACAGGCCAGGGAUUCUCCAGAGCUGCGCGAGAAGAUCAGAAAGUUGAGAAGGAACUGUGUGGAUGCCUGCAAGCACACCUCCCAUUUGAUCACUCCACAGCCACGACAUUGUUUGGGCAGUCCCAGCGAAAGGAUGCACUUGACACUGCUUUUUCAUCUUACCCAGCAAUUUCAGCAUGAACUGAUCAAGAGUCAUCGUUUGAUCCAACUGGUGCCCCUCGAUAUGACUGACUACUAUGCUCCUUCACGAACUGCUCCCUCGAAUCUCGGCAACGUCAUUAGUCAAUUCCUGUUGUGCAAGCAAAUAAAUCCCGAUUUCCAGCAGGAGGAGCUGUGCAGCAUUGCCAAGGACUCGGAUGAGCUGACGGAGCUUUUAGAGGAGCUUCAGGCCCACAUGCCCUUGACAGAGGCUUCUCCCGACACUGAACUGGAUCCGGCACAGAAAUCUGAAAGUAGUCUUGUGUCACUCAAUACUCCAGUUUGGUAUGCCCGCCAGCGGAGGAGAAGUUGCAAAACUCGGAGUCGCAAUCUCUGUUGUUGUUUGGCCAAAAAUCGUACCAAAACUUAUUGAAGGAAGUUUAUUUGGAACAGAAAUUAGAAUUCACUAUUAAAAGGAACUUAGUAAAUUAUAGUAUUUAAUAAUCAAUUUUAGGUAUGGUUUUUGGUAUUGUAAAAAGUUUAUCGCCAAAAGCAAAUUACAAGCAAAUUAACUUUAAAUACAAGAAAAGCCUUGCAUUUUAAAAUAUGUUCAGCAAAAAUAGGAAGUAGAACACUGUCAAAGAUACAACCCAAUAAUCAGAUAGAAAAGUAGUGAUUUAAAAUCCAUAAACCAGUUAUUAAGUGUGUAAUAACUGCAAUGCUCGAUGAUAAGGGAACAGCUUUCAGCAAGCCGAUAAAAUGUAUUCCCAGAAAUGAUAAUAGCAGGUAAUGCCGGCAAUGUGGGGUACAUCAAAGAGGCUUCCCGGGCAAUAACCGUAAUGAAAGCGAUUAAACGAAAUAAAAACCAGAAAUACAAAUCGAGAGUUGGUGUCUUCUCGUUUCGAGGAAACCCGCAAAGAAAAUGAUGAAAUCUGAAAUCCGAAAUCUGUGCCCCUUACGCGAACAAAGGGUGAUAAAUUCACCAGAAAGCAGGUGAAAUCCCGCUUACGACGACUAAAAAAGAUGUCACAUUAAUUGGCGAGAAUCCCAGAAGCCUACACAUUAUUUACCCAUCAUUUAGCGCGGCAGGUGAUGUCGGCUUUGCCCACCUGGUAGUCAUAAAUGCUGAUUAGAUUCAGGCUUACAGGUUAAGCGAGGCUGAUAAUACGCCUUGACAACAGAGAAUCUCAC